UAACGUCGCACGCUAUCGACACCGGGGAGCAGCAAAAAACGAGUGCUUUUAUGAGUUAAAUAUAAAGUUCGCUAGGCUGUAUUAACAUGGUGGGAAAAAUAAAACACGUCCGUCAGAAGAUUCACCAGCAGGCAGUGAAGCUUGACAGGACGAGCAGCCUCACACAGCCCUGCGACUCUGUGCUAUCUCAGAGUUUAGAGAAGCCUCCUGCCUCGGGACUGCCCACAAUAAGUCCUCCACUUCUGGACAAAAAGACUGACGCGUCGAAAAAUGUGAAACAGGUUCUGGCAGAUAGCUCCUUCCCCACUGGGAUCUUUGCUGGCACUAAGAUAACCCCAGAGGCCCUGGUACAAACCCUGGCGUUUGAGAAACCUCCAGAUGUGCCUGCACCUGCUCAGAAAGGCCCAGAAGAGAAGAAAGUCAAGUCGAAGAAAGAGAAGAUGAAGGAGAGGAGGGAGAGAUGGCUCAACAAGAUCAGCUCCAUCAAACAGGCGAAGGAGCAGCAGGCGGCCGAGGCCCGGAGGCAGGCCACGCCCGUGGUGGGAGACAUGAGGCCGCUGGCCGACGCCCUGCCCGAGCUCUGUCAGCUCAUCGCCCCCGCCCCCGCGGCCCCCACCGCUCGCCGCAAAAGCAGGAAAAACAAAGCGCCGGUGAAGAGACCCGAGCCAACAGAUUUCAGCCAGAUGAAACAGUCCCAGAAACGCAAACUCCUGGAGACAGAGACCAGCCGGUUUAGCGACGCAGUGAAGACCCUUUCUGCCAAAAUGAACCCUCUGGCUGAUAUUGGCGAGCAGCUGAAGAAGAGGAUGAGGCAGGAAGAAGAGCAAGGACCCAGCUAACAGCAGCAGCAGCAGCAGCAGCACAGCUCUGUGAGACUGCAGUCCUUCCACAGACGUUAAUCCAGGCCUACACAUUUUGUCAGGGAAGCCCAACCCCGCUACAUCCUUGGGUUUAAAAGGAGGAAGAACCUGAUACCCCGCCACAUCUCGCAACCACUGACUAAAGGAUGCUGCUGGCUGCUCCCAAAGAAGCAAAGAUGACAUGAAGUGUCGUACCUGUUAAUGCUGACUGUAAUGGACACCCUGUCAGUUUUAUUGUCCACAUGUCCUCUUGAGUAAUAAAUCACGGCACGUUUAACCAUCAACUUUCAUGUGUAGUCUCUAUACAGUAUGUUGGAUUCCAAGUGUUUAUUUUCUGCUGCCGUUGGCUCCGACUCCAAACACUUAAUAAUCAAACGGCGCUCGUACAAACAAAUCUGCCUCCUUUCUCUCCACGCCUACACAACCUUUCCCACUCUUCUAUUUUCAGUAUCUCCUCAUUGUGCGGCGCUCAGAAUAAGAUCAGCUCCCAACACCGAGUGACUCAUCAGCGAUAACCAUAGCAACCGCGCCGAUCCAUGUAAAUGAGCAUCUUGUCGGAGCGACACUGAGCCGCGAAGUGAAUGAAAAUAUUGUCAAACUGUCAUCAGGAAGCAGAUCGGCAUGUUAUGGAGAGACGUGGGAAACACUGUAAAAGAUAUUCUACUUCAGACUUCAGAUUUUUCUGAUACUCGCCCUGAUUUUUUAUAG